UUAUGUAGUCUGUUAAUUUUUAACUAUUGUUCGUAUUUUGAAGCCCAAUGAGGCAAAUUCCUUUGUGAUUUUGGGCUAUAUAAAUAAAAUUUAAUUUGAAUUCAAUUGAAUAGAUUAUUCUUUGUAACUAUGGUAUUCAGGUUUUUUCUUUAGCGUUUAUUUUCAAGUCAUUCUUUUUCCCUUGACAUGAGUCAAAGACAAUUCCAUCAUUCCUUUUCUCUGCCAUCACGUCAGGUGAUUGUUUAAUGUUGUCCAUACUUUUUAAAAUAAAUGAUAAAAUGUAUAGAAUCGUCAGUGGUUCAUGCUUGUGAUGUUUUGCAUACUAGUUCAAAAAUAAAUCAAUGUUGUACAAAUCUGACUUUGACCCAUAUUUCCUCUAUUUUUAAUAUUUAUAUUAAACACUGAAAAUAAGAAGAGACAAGCACAAUGUUGGCCCAGAGGGAACAUACACAACAAACACUGUGAAAUAAACAGAAUAAGGCAAAAGUUUGAUUAACCCUCUUAUUCAACAGGUAUCUCUAUUUUCAUAAUUAUUUACAUUUUAGAUCUUGACUGAAUGCUGUGCAAGGGCUAUUUGACCAAGGAGGAGAGAGAUGGAGUGUUGUGGCAGAUGACUUUUCCUCCACAGUUGGCUGGACAUGAACCGCAUUGAGAAUUUUUAGUGUCUGCUGGACUGCAUGGUGAACACAAAGAAACUGAAUGAAGACACGAGCCAAACACAGGACCACAGUUCCCAGAAUCCACGUGAUAAUCAACUGUCAAUCAUAAAAUCAUGCCCCUUCUAUAAGAAAAUAAAAAAAGUACCCCAGAGCUUUUGCAAACAAUGCUGCAAAAACGAGAGCAGCAGGCAUUAAAGGGGUUUCAUCUGUGAGGUUGAAAAGCACGAUUUUUAAUAAUUUAGAUAAUAAACAUCAAAUAAAGCAUACUAGCGGUCAUUUGAGAAACUGCAACUACAGGUUGAAGAAAGAAGAAACAGCAACCUACGUGUGAUUGGCUGCUUUGCAGAGGUCUCCGCCCCCUGACCGUCAUCGAGGAUGUACUGACAUCUUUCACAGUGUGCUGUCCUGUGUGGAGUUCGGAUAUUUGAAAGAAUGGCGGAUUCCAAUGAGAAAAACUUGCGCAACAUGGCAACUACUUUGCUGAAUAUGCUGAGAUCAACAAGUGACCCAACUGCUCAGAGACUAAACCCACCAAGUGUAGUUCCGGGACAUAGCCUUGCAAGGACAGCUCCUGGACAGGCAACAAGAGUGCAGGGACAUGGUGAAACACCCUCAUGCUCCACCUCUAUACAGCAUGACAUGGCCAGAUCUUUUCCGGCUCUAUUUAAUAAAAAGAAGGGAAAGGGGAUCAAAAGGCCAGGUGCCAAAACUACCUCCAUUACAUUUAUCCUACUAAACAAGCCAAUGGAGAAGACUCCAAAUGUAUCAGAGGAGAUGACACUUCUUCAAGGUGGACUUGGGAAGAAGUUAAUCCCAAUACCACAUGAUGCAAAUCACAUGGAGAUUUCAGACAUUCUAUGCGAGUCCUACCCAAAGCUUAAAGAUUUAGAAGGGGCAUGGCUUAUCCACAAAGCUAGUGGAGGAGCGGGCAUAAGAAAACUAAACCUGGUCACUCCAGAAGAUGUGGGAUAUACAGGAACCAGUCUUUCAAAGACCUGGGGGGGGCGCGGUUACCUGUAUAUUAUGCCGAUACAACAAGAGCUGGACACAACCCCCCUCCCUUUCACAUCAAAGGAGUUCCUGGGAAUGCCCAAAGCUCGCUGCUCUUCCUGUCUUGAACUCAUCCCUCUGCAGCUUCUUACUAUUCAUGUACAGACAUGCAAGACUAUGUCAGAGACCAAUGAGACUGACGAUGAAGUUACCAUUUUGGAAGAUGACAGAAGUGAACCCAAGUCUCCUGUUGGGCCUGACCAAAAUGUGUCAUGUCCAAUGUGCGAUGAAGAAUUCCCAGAGGAUUCCAUCCAGAUGCACGCCAGUACCUGUGGUGACGAGGAUUGCAAAAGUGUCGUACUAGCAGCAAGUAAAUGUCCAAGUCACUUCAGCAGCACAUCUGACAUCAUCAAGUCACUUGAAGACAGAGUUGAUCACUCAAAAACAUUCAACAUAAAUGUUACAAGGGACGACCUCUACCAGAGGGGUCUGAAGCAGUGGGCCAGACAAAAACAAUCAUCACCAAAAAAUAGACUGCUAGUGUCUUUUAUCGGAGAGCAGGGAAUUGAUGAUGGCGCUCUCCGCCGGGAGUUUCUAACUGAGAUGAUACGAGGCCUGGAAUUACAUCUGUUCGAAGGCGAUGCACAUCAAGGAAAAAACCCCAAAUACAGCAUCUCAAACUUGCAAGAAAAUAUAUUCAAGAUUUGUGGAGAGAUCAUCGCCACCAGCUUGGCACAAGGAGGACCAGCACCAAAUUUCUUUUCCACAUGGUCUUAUCACUUUCUGUGUCAUGGUAAAAUGCUUGUUACAGAUGUGCCAGAGGUUACUGACGUAGAAAUCCAGAACCUCAUUGAACAGGUGGAAAGUGCAGAGGGUGACAAACUGACCGAAUAUUGUGAUGCCAUUAUAGCGUGUGGCUAUACUGGUCCAAUUAACAACGAUCACAAGAAAGCCAUCACAGAUGCCAUCAGAUUGCACUCUGUCAUGAGGCUCAUACCUAUGCUGAGCCAGCUUAGGGAAGGACUUUCCAUCUACGGUUUGGAUGACCUGCUGUCCCAGCAUCACCAAGCACUUCAACAGGUUUUUCUUCCUGGUAAUCUCAAACAGGUGGAUGCAGACUUCAUGGUCAAGGCCCUUUCUCCUCAGUACAGUGAGAAGGGAUCACUAAGACACAGAAAAGAAGUGACCAUUAUCAAUUUUUUCCAGGACCUAUUGCAAAACCUGGAAGACCAAGCAGGCGAUCUUGGUGGGAGCCCAUCUGCUGAGUCUGGACCCAAGCAGUUGUCCCUGGAAAAAUUGUGCCAGUGGAUUUCAGGCCAAGCACAUGUGCCACUUGUAGAAACAGAGCAGGACUCUUUCAAGAUCACAGUGAACUUUGAUCAUGACUGCACGUCCCGCUAUGGACCACACACGAUCUGCUUUCCCACAGUCAGCGCAUGUGCUAUGUCCAUCACCAUGCCGACACAGCACAUGACAUCAUAUGCUGAGUUUGAGGACCUCAUUUGUCAGGCAGUCUGUGAUGGAUUUCAAUUUACAAAACAUUAAAUGGCAAAAUAUUCUGAAGUUCUUGGAUCAAGUUUAUUAAAAAAAAAAAUGGAAAUCCAAGUUUAAAAUCAUUAAGAUAUUUUUUCUAGUGAAAUAAGUAUUUUUUUUGGGUUAGAUUGCUUGCGUUGCAACAAUAAUUAAGUUUAUUUUUUAAUAUAAGUAAUGCAUCUCUGCUAUUUGAGUUAUUACUUCAGUAUAGCACUUCUUUCUUUACAUUUUUAAUUUUUCAUAUUUGCUAUUUGUACAGUGACGAUUUUUAUUGUUAAUUUCUGAUUACACAAUGACAAUUUGAGGAGGAAGAGCAGCAGCUCUAUUGAGAGCUCUUUUUGUUUGAAUUUUAUUGUUAUUAAAAAAAAAAGUUCCUCACACAUUUAGUUGCUUUACUGUGUCACUUCGAUUUCAAGUUAAU